AUGGACUCACGUCUCGUGUUAGCGUUUAUUUUAAUUUCCAGUUUAGGUUUUUCUGGUGCGUUCUGGCUAGGCGGUUCUAGUAACGAUGGAACUGUUCGCUUCCACAAAGGGAGCCAAUUUGGUUUUGAAAAGAACCCUCAAAUUUACUCGCAUCUUGUGAUACCGCCGUGGAAUAGACCUUUCAAACCGGGUUACUGCGCAAGCUGGGAAUGGCACACAGAUAAAAAAUACAGAGACAAACGAGUGGCAAUCUGCAAGCAAUACACUGAAGGUAAGUAUAGUCCGCAGUUUUGAUUUUUUUUAUGUCCGAUUUGGAUUUUAUUCUUCAAUCAGGUCUUAGCCGCUGGACACAGUCAUAGCGCUGACUUGCAAAUGAACCUUAUAUUGGAGUUCGCAAAAAAGAAAAAAGAUAUUAAUUUGUAAUGUUUAAGUAACUCGUUACGAUAUUUUUUUGGGAAAUGUGGUCUGCGCAAACUUUUUAGCAAAGCUUAGUUUUAUGUCUUGAAGAAGCUUUGCGACACAAACUUCCUCUGGAUUCCACGUCAUUUUCACCUGUUACGUUCCACCGUAAACAAAAGGUGAAACUGUGCGUUUGAAUUAUCGAUUUCAACAGGUCUUGCGAGAUGACCGCGUAAAGCCAAGCAGAAAAAGCGAAGAUAAUCACGCAAAAACCGACGGAGAUCGGAGAAAAAUAGUUGUUUUUGACUAGAAUGGAAAUCUUCGGAUUAGCAAAUUUUCCAACGAUUUAAAACUUUGGAUGACAUUUUAAUCCGAAAGAAUUCUGUCGCAAUUAGGACAUUGGUAUCUUUUUUACCUUUUCCAAUUUUUAUGAGGUUUUCGGAAAUCGUUUAUCUUUCCGGGCCCUGUUUCUUCAAGUAACUGGCAAUUAUUUACUAUAAGCCGCUCAUAUGUCUUCAUUAAAGUAAAUUUAUUGAUCUUUCAUGUCUUGCCAGUUUUCUUGAGAAUGAAAAGAUGUUUUUUAGUCAAUAACGUCGAAAAUGGUACUUACGGUGGUAUCUUGAGAAUAAAAACUGCCUUUAUAACAUUUUGAACUUUGAUUAGUUCGGAACUUGAAUUUUUUAAGUUACAGAUAAUUAUAGCAUGCACUCUAACCAAUACUAUAGGUUUUUGCUCGGGAAAAUGGUCUUAUCCAAUAUUUAUCCUAUUAUUAAUUAGUCACAACAGAAGAAUAAAAACGAUGGUUGACAUCGGUUUAUAUUUCUCUGUAACUAACAGGUAAACACGAGUGUGAUUCCGACACCGGUUUCUGCCAAGAUAAGUGUCCUUAUACAAAUGGCAGUUAUCCAUAUUGGAGAAUCCGCAAUGCCGUGGAUGUUCCGUUCUUGUGGGUCAUUUCAGGUAUCAAAUUUUACGAUACUGCAACCUCCAACAAGCCUCUCAACAUUGAUCCGAAGCGGGGCUACGCUAGCAGCUACUUUGGACCUGGUGAGUCAUGAUUUGAUCAGCUUGUAUUCUAGACUACGAGUAGUCCGCCAUUUUUCCUCAGGGAUAGUAGAGCGAGCGAAACGCGAGUGCGCGUGAAAAUCACCCCACGCGAGAAAAGGCGACACGCCUCUCGCGUGGGGUGAUUUUCACGUGCGCUUGCUUUUCGCUCGCUCUACUAUCCCUGAGGAAAAAUGGGGGACUACUCGUAGUCUACUUGUAUUCUAGUCACUUAACCGUGUACUCAGGGGCACCCAACGAGAAUAUAGUUGAAAAUCACUUAAACACAGCAUUGCUGAAGGUAUUUUAGUAUUUAAACGGUAGAUAUAGGCAUAUUUUUAUCACCUAAAAAUUUUUUAUCUGUUCGGAUUUCCUAACUGAAAGUCUAGUGAUCCGAAAAUUACAGGGAUCAAAACUUACCUUUUCGAAAACUUCAGCCGGAAAAAAGGCUCCCGAAAAUUCUAGGUGACCAUUUUACAGUUACAAGUGCAAACGAGGCUGGAGUUGACUCUUGGUUUAAUACAACCCCUCCUGCUUUAUUAUGUAAAUGAAGUUGUUGUUAUGCUAACCAUUAUUUCUUCAGCAAAAUUUCCUUAAGAAAAAGGAAGAGGUUUGUAUCAAAGCAACGUCAACCUCAGCCUCUCGUUCACUCAAAGGCUAGGAUACUACGCCCACCACUGUAAAAUGUUCUAUUGACGAUCGGUGUCCCUGUGCACUUACUGAUGAAUGUAUUUCCUAUCAUUUAAAUAAAGUGCCAUUAUGAUAGAGGUUGUCUAUUGCGAAAGGUUGGCGUGUUGCCUUUUGACUCUCUUUAUUUAGCUCAACAAAUUAAAAGUUUCGCGUUUUAAAAUCAACCAUUCAGUGGAGCCUCCAAAAUGUGCUGAACGUAUUACUUUUCCACCGAUUGGUUAAUUGGACAGGAUUAACUACUCGCGAUUUUCCUGUUUUAAAGACCCUGUACUUUUUACUACGACAUUUAUAAGCGAUUUACAGUGAUUUUCUAAUUAAUUGCCGGUUAUAAUAAGUGCGCAGCCGUUACAAUACCGGGAUACAAAUUAGGGUAAAAUUGAUUCAAAAUUUGUAGCAAAAAAUCUCACUAAAAAUUGCCCGAAAGGCGUUCAAACAUGCACUUGAAAAUUUAACUGAGUGACAAAGAUUUCCAUGUUUGUUCUCAUUUUCCUACUUGCAUGAUUCAAUUUUUUUUCUGUGAUCAUUUUGCCAUAUUAGCCUUGCAGUCAAUAUAGCAAAUAGACCACUUCCGUAAAGCAUUUUUUUUGGCCAAAAAACUGUACUAUUUAUAUUGUAGCCAACACGAUAUAAAAACUAAGAGUGUAUUUAACCAUUUUUUCCUCAUAUUCUCCUCCUUUCUUCCUCCUUGCUCUUUCUUUUUCUCGUUUUUACUUUUCAUUUGCUUGCGUGAUUUUUAGUUCGAGCUCAUCGGUCGCCUUUAGCCCCUCUUCACUUUCUGCAAAUGGCUGCAAAUUUCGCUCGGCUCGCUUUCAGAAAAUCGUAUAAAAAUGUAAUUAUUGUUUUUUAAAUGGUACAGUAAUUGAUUUUUCUUCAGUUCUCAUUGUUUAACUGUUCUCGCAUUCGGUUUAUACUGAAAGUACAAAAUUUGUUUUUAAACUUUGUUACAUUUAAAGGUAAUGUUACACGGGACAAUUCGCAACUAAGAUUUUUAGCGCAACACAGCGUUGCAACAUUGUUUGGAAUGGUUACAACAUUGUUCUAACAUUGCAACGCUGUUUUGCGCUAAAAAUGUUAGUUGCGAAUUGUCCCGUGUAACAUCACCUUAAGGACGGCAAUCCAUAUAUAAACUAAAAGUAAGUCAAACAAAUAAAAAAAGGAAAAAGAUUUAGUUUUGACCAAUAGAUGUACGUUAUAAAUACGAAAAUUACAUCGUGACACCUCACGCCAUUCGCCUGGUACUUUUUACGUGAAAUUUGAGGGCUAAUUUUUGUUAAAUAUCACUCGUCCUUAUUUUUUGCAACGUAGGUUAUCCACCCAGCAUGGCAUUUGAUAACAACCCGGAAAGUAUCUGGAUCUCAAAUGGAGCAUCUCUUCCCGGCAUGCAGUGGAUUGGAUACGAAUUUCCUCACCCAGUGUUUAUCGGCUCUGUCCAUAUCUCCACAGAGGAGGAUAAGCCAGACCGCCUUCCUGCUUUGAUGUAUGUCGAGGCAUCGUGCGAGAAAUACUUCAGAAACUUUGUCACACAAUGGGUCGUUUAUAAUCCUGAUCACAACGUCAAUAAGCGCUACAGUGGUAAGCUUUACUUGCAAUGUAAUGUUAUUCGUUAAGCAUAAUAUGUAGAUUUAGCCAGUGCUAAAAGCGAAGCUCUGGUUAAUAAUAAUUAUAAACAACAACAAAAAUUAAAUCGUGUAAUGCUAAACGGGUACGGCAAUGAAAAUGGCAUCAAGAUCAGCAAAACAAAAACAAAAAAACAAAACAAGACAAAUUCGCACGUGCAGCACACUUUUAAUUUUUCUAAUUAGCAAAACAAUUUGCACGUGGCUUUUUUGUCUUUCUUUGCCGUUGUUUUGAACGACUACAAUGCCCUUUUUAAUUUUAUGGAGUAAUUGUCCUAUAUGCUUACCAAAGAUUUUGUUUCCUGUGUUCAUGUUCGCUUGUAUUUUGUCACUGCCGCUCAUUUUCACCUUGCUGGCCGCUAUCAUUUCUCUUUUUCUCACCACCGCUAUGAAAUUUUGAUGUUUAUCUUCCACCGAAAUUCAUCUCCUUCGUUUUUAAUCACUCGCUCUAGCUCUUUCUCUGUUAUCCACGUGGGUGUAAACAUAAAAAAUAACCUCGAAAAAGACACGACUUUGUUGUUUUUUCUCUCUAAAAGUCCGGGCAGCCCACAGGCAGCCCAAGCUCGGUGCAUAAAUUACCGCGAGUUUCGAUACCGUUUUGCAUAUUACGAACGAUUUAAAGACUUUGCACGAGAAAUUAAAUAUAGCUGUUAAAACGUAGAAAUAUAAUAUAGAAAUAAACUGAACUUACGUGAACUUGGGUCAGUUGUUGCUUUUUCUGUGUAACCUGAGCUCAAUUCAUGGCCAUUUUAUACGGUUUUGUAGCUCGUUGUUUGUUCGGUGUUAUUUUCCUACAUAAAGCGAAGCAAGGCAGGAGACUGUGUGCAGUCGCAACUCACAAAUAUCUCCCACAUCAAAGAACCGCGCACUGAUUCACUAUGGGAGCGCCAAAUCCUUUAGGCAUGGUCGGUCUCUUAUCUCUUCCCCUAGUCAUGGGUAUUGCGAUGUGGGAGAUUGGUUCUGGGCAAUCUGACGUGCACUCAGGAAACUCGAUGACUACGUGUUGCGUGGUGAACGCGAAUAUGGACUCAGGGGAACCGGGUAGUCAAUGCUGCAUGACAAAACAUGGAUCUUCCUACCCUCAGAUAGUCUACAGAUUGCGCGUGAGCGGUGUUUGGAAUUAUCCAAUUGGAUUAGCGUAUUUAAGAUGUUCGGGUUCACCACGCAACAGGUCACACAAACAACGGGCCGCAAAACCGUAUAAAAUGGCCAUGAAUUGAGCCCAGGUUACACAGAAAAAACAAUAACAGACCCAAGUUCACGUAAGUACAAUUUAUUUCUAUAUUCAUGCCUAUAUUUCUACGUUUUAACGACUAUAUUGAACUUCUCAUACAAAGUCUUUAAAUCGUUCUUAAUAUGCAAAACAAUAUCGAAACUCGUGAUAAUUUAUGCACCCAGUUUGGGCGCCUGUGGGCGGCCAUGCGAUUUCCUUCCAAAUAGAACCUUGAGUUGCAUUUAGGUUGCAAUACCUGUUGAUUUUACAUUGGUAUGCCUGUGGUUUGGGCGGACAGGUGGACGUACGGUCAAGUGAUUACCAAAAUUUCUUGGAUGGGUAGAUUACCACAUUUUCUUACCCAUGGUGCUCCUCUAUAAAGACCUUUAGAUUCUAAGACGAGGACGACUACGAGAACAACAUUUUCACACUACUUUCUUAAAAGUAGUGCGCGCGGCUGAAUCAGGGUCAUUUUGGCGGGAAAAAGUCGAAAAUGAAAAUGUAAUGGCGGAAACAAGUUUCAUCAAAUGUCAGAAGUUUUAUCUUUUCUGGGAUAGGGAGAGGGCCACGUAUAGCCUCUUUCAAUAAAGAUAAACGUCCUAUCUUUUCUGCUCAAAAACGUACAAUGAGGCUUUCCGGGGUGUAUCAAGACUGGGAUGAGCAAUGUUGCCGGCCACUUCUGUUCUCAUAUAGGAACGGUAUCCCAGGCAGUACCGGCGGCCAUGCCUCAGGUGCAUUGCCUUUGGCGGCAUAUGAGAACCAGGUUUUAAGGUCUCUAUUAUUUUCCCAUAAUCGACAAGUUUAAUGAAUUCUUCAUGCAUAAUCAGCAUCCACCAUAAAAUUUAAAAAAAGGAUAAAUCCUGCAGGGAUAUUCUAGGUAUCGCUUUUUAAAAAGAAUUGAAGCGAAAUUUUUAAAAAAGAAAAAAAAAUCAACAAAAAAAAGUGUUGUUUAAUUCCAAUUUAGGUCAGUUUUCGUUCGACUUUAUAUUGCUAGCCUAAAUGAUUAAACGUUUCACAAAGAGAAAUUUCUAAACAAAUGUAGUUGAAAUGAUGUGAGAAAACCAGCAAACUAGCCUUUUUGGCAAAAUUAGCCUGCGUAGCAAACGUUUCCUCGCGAGGUUCGUCUAGAAAGCUGGGGCAAGAGCAAAAAAAAUGAAUGACGGGGGAGGGGGAGGGGAAAGAAGGAACCCCUCCCCUCCCCCUCCCCCUUCAACCUUUUUUUUGCUUCCGCUCUAACUUUCGCGCAAUAACUCGAUUGGAAACGCUUGCUACGCAGGCUAUGGCAAAAUUUGCUUGUGAGGUAAGGUCACCUUAAUUGGGAUGUGACUUUUUCCCUCUAGUUUUCAAUAUGGCGAAGUUUACCACACUGGGUGCCACAGGGCGCAUGGGACCUUCUUCAGUAGGGAUGCAUUAUCAGGGGCAGGAUCAUGAGGGACAAGUUACAGUGCACAAGGGAGUUCAAAUGUGGAAGGUCCCUGCCACUGGAACGUACACAAUCGAGGCAUCAGGGGCGGCAGGCGGAUAUGACAAAUUCACGUCGUGUAAGUAAAGAUAUUUAUCACAAAAAGUGAUACAUGCGAUGGUAGACUUCUGUAUUCGUACUAAGGAUAACGAACAACCAACUUUUAGGAAAGAUAGGAGCCUAUGUGGACAGUGAAAUUUCUCUUAAAGGAACUCUCGGUAUUUUAACUAUCUUGAAAUAAAAUGAAACUUCGUUUGAUUAAAUAGAAGAACGCCGAAAGGUAACCAUAAUCUUUUGCUUAUUAAGGGCGGUUUAGGAUGAAGAAGAUUAUGUUACAAUGGAUUACAAAUCGACAAACUUGACACAUUUGGGACAACAUUUGAAGAUGUUGACAGUUGUAGAAGCCAUGUCGUAGCUCAGGCGUAACUUAUGUGAACACAGCAAGUGAUACGUAAAAUACUCUUGUAAUUCCAUAAUGUCUUUGUUAUCAGCAAGCAAACGGGGUAAAGGUGCUCGUGUGAAGGGCAACUUCCAUCUCAAGCGAGGGGAUGUCCUAAAGAUUCUUGUUGGUCAGGAAGGAGGGGUGAACACUGCGUCAGGUGGAGCAGGGGGAGGGGGUGGAACAUUCGUUGUUACAGAUGACAACACCCCCCUGUUGAUUGGUGAGUACUUCACAGUGAUUUUUAUUUCGCUUAAAAAGAUUUAACUCGUUAUCCGCUGAAGGGAUAUAACUUACUUUUACUUUGUCUAAAAUGUCAACCGUCUCCACCCUCCACGGUUGAGGGGUGGAGAUGGGGGGGAGGAGGGGGGUCUCUAACUUUGACUCUGAAGAUGACUAACGCAGAGGAAGUCGAAAAAAAAACUAUCGAAGGGGAAAAAACAACUUGAAAACCGGGGCAGGGGGUCUGAACUUUCCAAGUUAUUUAAAAAAUGGACUCGACAUACGGAAACGAUGUUUCUCGGAUAUCGAACUACAGUCUUGGGCAGGAUAAAAUGAAACAGGAAACCUCCCAUCCCCUCCUCCCCAAAAUCAAGGAUAAAGCUGCGCGGAGGCCAAAAUACGCCUUUCUUCUAUCUUUCAUUUGGGGUGAGGUCUAAAUUUUCCAUCUGUUUCGUCCCAGAUUGUGGUUUAGUGGGUGAGAUCGAACUGUUUUGUUCUAUUGCAGGUGGUGGAGGUGGUGGUGUUGACAAAAUGAAGGGCGAUAGUCCGCGAUGCCACGGAUCCUCAAGCAAUAAUGGAAACGGAGGGUACGGAGGGUCCCAGUUUCAGGGAGGGUCGGGAGGCAGAGGAGCUGAGGAAGGCGAUAAUAACUACUCAGGAGGAGGGGGUGGUGGAUUUGAGACUAAUGGACGUUCAAAUCAGAAUUUUGGUGGCGCGAGAGGCACUGGAGGAGAAGGGGGCAAAUCAUUUUAUAAAGGUAACUUGAUUACUUCAUGAAAGGUUAAUAUUACUUCUACUCUCCUUAGAGAGGGCUUUGAGCUAACAUUCAAAAUAUAUAGGGGGAGAGUUAGGGGGAACAGUUCAGGCUCAUGCAAUUAUUAUGAUACAACAUCGAAAAUAAUUCCUUCGCCUGAGCGCCGCUCCUUUUUCUUAACAUCCCCAUAGUGAGUAUUUUACGAAGCAACAAAUCCAUGAUGUAAUCGGCGUCGGGCAUGCUGAAAAGGUGCUUGUAAUCAGUCGAAACGGCUAAUUGUGUGCGCGAGAGGGGUUGAGACGGCGUUAAAGUCAAAGGAAGGGCAGGACAGGAAAAUUUCCCUUACCGAUAGGUCAAAUAAACAUUUCUGGGUUCUGAGCCCGCUGCCAAUUACAAUUAUUACCAUUCCGUCUGUGUUCCACUCUUUAGGCUAUGUUCGCACUUUACCGAAUAGCCCUUGCGCCGGCACGAAAACCAUUGCGGAUAGGGCCUCUGUUCACACAUAAGAACGGUGAUUUUGGCGCGAUUCCUGUAACGGAGCGAAGCUGCCACGCGCCAAUUUUGAGAAUGGAGUGUCACUUAUCGGAUAGGUUCUGUGCAUACUUUGGUGCAGUGUCAACAGGUAUUUGGACGGAAGUGAAUAAGUAGGAGCGAGGACUGGAAUCCACUUAGACGGAAGUAAAUAUUCAGGAGUGAGGACUGGGAUUGAGUUCACCAACUCCUCUUGGCCAACUGCUCCGGCACGAUAUUCGAUGUGUGAACAACUUGUUCCAGUUCUGUGCCGCCUUUAUUCAUCGUUUACCGAAUAACUUUUCGUGCCAGCACGAAAAGCCAUCGGCUGUAGUGUGAACAUAGCGUUAAUUACCCAGUUUUUCAAUCAAUUUCCUAAAUCUUUGAUGAAUUACUUUUCAGGCGGUGUCGGAGGUCGUUCGAACCAGAAUGACGUAGAAGGUGGAUUUGGAGGUGGUGGCGGGCCUAACGGAGCUGGAGGGGGUGGUGGAGGAGGUGGUGGUUAUUCUGGAGGGGCUAGUGGCAGCCGAUCGAACUCCUGUGGGGGUGGAGGCGGAUCGUUCAACAAUGGCCAGGAGCAGUCUAACCAGGCUGGAGCCAAUGCUGGGUCUGGUUACGUCAUCAUCAAACUUCUUAAUGUCAGAUAGUUUUUUGAAAUUCCGUUUUGCAAUAGGCACGCUAAGAAUUCUUUCUUGAUCACGCAUAAUGGUUAUUUUUUGCUGUGAAGUGUUAAAUCCUAGAUUUCGUCGAGAUUCAGCUUAAGAAACAAAUAGGCAUAGACAUUCUAUCUUGAUCAUGUAUACUGGCUUAUUUUCUGCGACAUAUGUUGCAUUUUAAUUUCGUUACACUUGUUGUUAUGUAUUGGCUUUUUUGACUAAGAAAUUAAACCAACUAACAAAUCACGGAUAGCUUCUUAUUUUUUGAAACCUCUCAGAGAUAUAAGCAAAUAGAACUAACCCAAACCAUAGUUAAUAGAGUGAGUGGAAUGGUUAAUUUAUUAGGGUUUGAAGCCUCUCAGAAUACUUUAAUUUGUUAUGUGUUUUUCUGGACUUGAAGGUGC